GGUGCAGGGCCCUCCAGGGACGGGGAAGACGUCCACGGCGCUGCGAAUCAUGCAACACUGGGUCCGCGGCUCCCGGGAGAUCCUGUGGGGCAGGAAGACGGCGCUGCUGGCCACCAGCGACUCCAACAUCGCGGUGGACAACCUGGUCGAGGGGCUCGCGAAGCAGGGCGUCCGUGUCGUGCGGCUGGGGCGGCCAGAGAUGUCUCGGCCCGAGCUCCUCGAGUACUGCGCCGACGAGAUCGCCGCGAAGGCCUGCGGCGUGACCAAGCUGAGCGAGCUGAAGGACGCGGCAAGGGCCAAGGCACGUGAGGAGGUCCAUCGAGCGGUCGAGAGGGCAGAGGUUGUGUGCUGCACAUCCAUGGGCGCGGGCAGCGGCAUGCUGGCCGACUACACGUUCCCACGGGUGCUGAUGGACGAGGCGUCCCAGGCGACGGAGCCGUCCACCAUCGUGCCCAUCUGCAAGGGAUGCUUGCAGCUGGUGCUGCUCGGGGACCACUGCCAGCUGCCGCCCACCGUGGGAUCCGACCUGGCCGCGAAGGAGGGCCUUGGGCUCUCGCUCUUCGAGCGCCUCGCGCGCUCCGGGGUGAAGCCCACGCUGCUGCAGCAGCAGUACCGGAUGCACCCGGCCAUCUCGGAGUUUCCGCGCGAGCAUUUCUACUCCGGCGAGCUGGGGGACGGCGUCAGGGCCGAAGACCGGCAGACCCCGAACGGGUUCAGGUGGCCGGUCGCCAACAUGCCGGUGGCUGUGGUGUCCGUGCAUGGGCGCGAGAGGCCUGAGGGGACGUCCUGGAUGAACGAUCAGGAGGGCCAGAGGGUGGUCGAGGUGGUGCGGGGGUUCCUGCAAGGAGGCUUCCAGACCACGGAGAUGGGGGUCGUGACGCCGUAUGGCGCCCAGGCCCGGCUCCUGCGCACAAUGCUGAAGAGGGCCAACAUCAGGACGGGCCGGGAUUUCGGCGGGAUUGAGGUGAAUUCCGUGGACUCCUUCCAGGGGCGAGAGAAGGAGGUGAUCAUCAUGUCGACCGUGCGCGCGAGCGACCACGGAGGCAUCGGCUUCACCUCGGACUGGCGACGGGUCAACGUCGCGUUCACGCGCGCCAAGCAGGGCCUCGUGGUGGUCUGCAACCCGGACACGCUGGCGAGAGAGGACCGCACCUGGGCGCCCUGGCUGCGGUGGGCGGCGGGGAAGGGGCUCUUCUGCGGCCCCGUGCCGCGGCUGCCCCCGGCGAACCCGAACGCCGCGCCGGUCGGCCUGAAGGCCAUGGAGACCUAUCGGGAGCCAAGCCCAGUCCGCGGGGCACAGGGCCGCAGCCGCAGCCCGCGGAGGGCCCCCGGCGGCGGCGCAGGCGCCG